AUGCUCCUCCUGCUGACAGCACUCCAGAUCAUGGCUCUAGCCAUGGCACAGAGCCAAGAGGAUAAGGACAAGAUACUUGGUGGUUAUACAUGCAUCCAGAACUCCCAGCCAUGGCAGGCGGCCUUACUGGCAGGUCCCUUUCGUAGUUUCCUCUGUGGAGGGGUCCUGCUGUCAGGCCAAUGGGUCAUCACCGCUGCUCACUGUGCCCGCCCGAUCCUUCAUGUAGCCCUGGGCAAGCACAACCUGAAGAAUUGGGAGGCUACCCAGCAGGUGCUGCGUGUGGUUCGCCAGGUGCGACACCCCCAGUACAAUUCCCGGACCCACAACAACGACCUGAUGCUGCUGCGGCUGGAGCGGCCUGUUCGGCUGGGGAGGGCGGUGAAGCCCAUUGCCGUGGCCAAUACCUGCAUGAGCCCAGGGACCCCCUGUCUCGUGUCUGGCUGGGGCACCACAUCUAGCCCCAUUGCCAGGUACCCCAACUCCCUGCAAUGCGUGAACAUCAACAUCUUCUCGGAUCAAGAGUGUCAGGGGGCUUAUCCUGGAGCCAUCACUGCCGGCAUGGUCUGUGCAGGUGUUCCCCAAGGAGGGAAGGACUCUUGUCAGGGCGACUCAGGGGGACCCCUGGUGUGCAAAGGACAGCUCCAGGGCCUCGUUUCCUGGGGGAUGGAGCGUUGCGCCCUGCCCGGCUACCCUGGGGUCUACACCAACCUGUGCAAGUACCAGACCUGGAUCCAGAAAACCAUCCGGAGAAGAUGAUUGUUGGUAUGACUUAACAUCAGCUGCCCAGCUGUCUCCCCAGACCCUGCUCUCUCCACUCAAGACCCAGGAGUCCCAGCCCCCAGCCCCCCAGCCCUCCUCCUCCCUCAGACCCAGGAGUCUGGGCCCCCAGCUUCUUGAUGGGGACCCCUGGCCCAGGAUUCCCCUUUCCCAAAGAAGUUCCUUCAGGUUUUCUCUCCACUCCCCCAC